AUGUCCGACAUAUCAGUGCCCACAAUAGGGUAUUAUAAAACGCGGGGUUUGGCUCAACCCAUACGGUUAUUGUUGGCCUAUAAGAGCGUAAAAUUUAUAGACAAAUAUUACGGCAAAUCUGGCGACAAAAAUCUAGAUGAUAAUCCAGCCGAUUGGUUGGCUGAAAAAACUAUCCUGGGUCUAGAAUUCCCCGAUCUACCUUACUAUAUAGUUGGCCCGUUAAAACUGACCCAGAGCACUGCUAUCAUGCGAUACUUGGCCCGAAAACACGGCCUGUUGGCCACCGACGAGACCGGACUCGUACGCCAGGAUCUGUUGGAGCAACAGUUGUUGGACAUCCGGAUGGGUAUUAUAGUUAACAAUGGAGUAGACCAUGGGUUUGAUAUCGUAAUAGCCGGACAUAUAGUCGCCGGACGUUCCCCGCAAUUGGACCGAUUGUCCCGGUUUUUGUGCGCCCGGCGUUUACCG